UGGAGUCAGCUAAGCUAAGCUUCUCUUUCUCUCUCUCUCUCUCUCUCUCAUUUACACCAUCAUUGAUGAGAGUAACCGCAUAAUUUCUAAUCUAACUCGGGUCUGCAAUUAAUGCUUCCUCUAUCGAUGAUCAUGAUUCAUCGUAUUUCAAAUCUUUUCCUUUCGAGAUAUCCCAUUCUUCAUACCCCGAUUUCCUUCAGUUUUUCUCACUUUUUCCCGAGAAAAUAUGGGUGAAAUCGCCAUAAGCCCCAACCUGGCGAUCGUCGUCGUCGCAAUCGCCGCCGUCUUCUUCAUCUCCUGCCUCGUCCACCUAAUCAGGUUCCUCGUCUGGCCGCGGAACCAAAACCCUGAAGAUUCCGGCAACGGCGGCACGACCUUUCACGGCCCUCUCCGGGAGCUCUUCGUCCUACACGACGAAGGCCUGGACCAGGACCUGAUCGACGCUCUGCCGAUAUUCAAAUACAGCGCCGUCGCCGGGGUGGAAUACCCCUUCGAUUGCGCCGUUUGUUUGUCCGAAUUCAAGCUGGAAGAUAGUCUCAGAUUGUUGCCUGAUUGCAGCCACGCGUUUCACAUGGAUUGCAUCGAUAAAUGGCUUUUAUCUCACUCCACUUGCCCACUUUGUCGAGCCAGUCUCCUCGAUCCCUCGCCCGAUAAUCGCGGCCGGCCGACGAUCAUGAUUGUCGAAUCCGUCGGUGACAUUUCAAGAGAGAUCUUCUCCGAUGGGGAUGAUACAAAAUCUUCUGAAAUCGAGGCGAAAGACGACUCAAAUCAACCAGAAAUAGUCGUUUCGGAAGAGAAGGUUGUGGCGGUCAAGCUGGGGAAGUGUCGGAACAUGGGCGGUGCCGGAGAAGGAGGAUACGGCGACAGGAGGAUUGAUGGUAGAAGGUGCUUUUCUAUGGGUUCUUUCGCGUAUGUAAUGGAUGAGAAUUUGGUUCUGCAAGUACCCAUCAGAGCUCCAGCGAAGAAAGGACCGGUUGCGGCCGGGCUGGCUCCGAGACGGGCCUAUUCGUUGCACUUUCCGGAAACCCGGAAUGCGGUCUCCGGCGAACUGGGUUGUGGUGAGGAGAGGCUGAGCACCAAGACGCCAUCUUUUGCAAGGAGGACGCUGCUUUGGCUGGUGGGAAGACAAGAGAGUGUUUGAGUUAUUUUCUCUCGUUCGUUUGUAGGAUGGGAACGCUGGAUGAUU